GAUGGAUGGCAGUACUGACUCUAAGAGAAACGAAAGUGGCAGGUUUUGAAUUGUUGUGAUCAACAAGAUGGUUGCAUGGCAAUCAAGAUCAAGAUUGGAGAUACAAGGACCAUUCUUUUGAACUUACUUGCCUGUGUCCUUACCUUUUACACUGUCUAUUAUGUUACUGUCAGUUUAUGCAUUUGGGCAUUCAGGCUAGAAGAAAAAGAGUGCUUAUUGACUCCUUUUGACUUCAAAACUAUCCCAUCAUGGACAAAUCCCGAGUAUUUAGUGAACCUGAUUUCACUGGAGGUCUCCUAUGCAGUCAGUGGACUUUUGUUCGUUUGGAUAGUAGAAGAGUGGGUCUGGGACUACGCUAUUACCAUCACGCUUUUUCAUAUUGGACUUACAACAGCAGUGAUGUCUGACUUCCCAGCAGCUGUUCACUGGUGGAUUGCUUUAGGAUCUGGACUGUCAGUGAUGAUUAUUGGAGGACAACUUCUUGCAUACAAGUUAUACAAGAAUAAUUUCAUUUAUCCUGUUCUGGAAGACUUUUAAUUUGAUAGAUUGUUUCAGUAUGUGUGACCCAAACAUGACCAAACAAUGUUUAUGUUGUUGUUGUCUUUGAUCUGCAGUUACAGAUCCACUAACCAUUUCCAUAUUUGUACUUAUCAGGUUAAUUUUUUUGUUUCAUUCCUCCUUGUACUGUUGUCAGUAUAAUUUCUGAGUUUCAAUAUCAGAAAUAAAAACAUUCUUGUUAGGUACCUUUUGAGUACAGCAUACAUUUAUUCUGGCUGCCUGAUUGACCUUGAAGACUAAUCAAAAUGCACAAAAGCCUUUAUUUACCAGCCAUAUCUUCUAGAAGCCAGAUGUGUUUCAUGAUUGCAUUUCAACCCUG